UGUUAAACGCUCUUUGUCAACAGAUCGUCAGUUUGAAAUAAAUUAAAAUUAAUUGAAUAGAAUUAUGGAAUACUAAACCAAAUUUAAAUAAAUUUCAAAGAACACUAAACUACAGAAAUGGCAGCAAAUCAUAUAAAAGAAAUAAAACGAGAGUUCAUAGACCUGACAAUACCCAUGCCCUGGGGUUAUGUGGUGGGACGUUGGUAUGGCAAUCGUAAAGUUAGACCCAUUUUGGCGCUACAUGGUUGGCUAGAUAAUAUGGGCACAUGGAAUACUCUUAUACCAUUACUACCCGAACAUUUGGGAAUACUUUGCAUCGAUUUACCCGGUCAUGGUUUAUCACCAAAACUACCCAGAGGCAUUGUCUAUCAUGCUGUCGACUAUGUAUGUGUUAUUCUACGUAUAAUGGAAGUAUAUGAAUGGCAAAAAGUUUCCAUAUUAGCGCACUCUAUGAGUUCAAUGUUAUCUUUUAUAUUUGCCUCUUUAUAUCCCGAUCGUCUGGAUAUGUUAAUUAGUAUAGAUGUAGUGCGAACACGUUAUCGUGAUCCUGCAACACAAAUUGAAUUCAUACGUAAUAAUAUAGAGAAAUAUUUAGUGGAAGAUGAUCGCUUACAAUUGGCAGGACAAAUGGAACCACCUUCUUAUACACAAGAACAAUUGCUGCAAGUGAUGUUUGAGGGUUCCGGUAGAUCGGUGGCAUUAGAGAAUUGUCAGCAUAUUUUAGAACGUAAUAUAACCAAAUCAGUUAAAUAUCCCGAUAAAUACUAUUUCUCACGUGAUGGUCGUGUUAAAUUCUAUUUCGAAUUCACCACCUCACCACCAUUUGCUGCUGAACUGGCUCGUAGAAUUCACGAUGUACCCUAUUGUGUCAUUAAAGGUUCACAGUCCAAUUACAUAGAUGAACAAAGUGCAGAAGUAAUCGAAAUAUUGAAGAGUAAAAACCCACAUUUUGAACUGCAUGAAGUUGAGGGUACGCAUCAUGUUCAUCUUAAUAAUCCACAAGGUGUAGCGGCUGUCAUCAAUCCAUUUAUUAAUAGACAUCGACCACCUUUAAUAGAAACUUGGUCUCUCAAUGAUGUGGUCAUGAGUGAAACCAUGGAACGUUGGAGUAUUAAAACUAAAAAACGGAAAAGUAAAUUAUGACUAUUACCGUUCUUUACAAACUGUGCUUUAGAAACCAUAGACACCGAUGAGGAAUCUAGCGAUGAUAGCAAUUUUUAAUAAAUUGCAAGUAUUUUAACUUGAUUUUAAAAUACUAAAGUUAUGCUUCAACAAUAAAAAAAAUGUUUUGUAAAAACAGCGUAUUAUUAUGGUUUCAAAACAGUUUGUAAAGUGUUUUAAAUUUAAGAUAAAUUUUUCCUUUGUGGAUAAAAUAAAAAAAAACACUCCUUAAUGAGUUCUUAAAUACAUAUUAUGGGGGUCAUAAGUUAAAAUCGUUUAAGUGCUAAUUAUGCACUUAUACUACAAUCUAUGCUAUAAUGCCAACCUAUUACACCUUUAGACUGAACUAUUUAAAUAAGCAAAUGGUGAAAACCUAAAACCAUCGAUUUAUAUAUUUGAUUCUUAUCUCUUACAUAUAUUCAAAUUAAAAAUGUGAACCUAUUUUAAACUAUGAUGUUUUUGGAUUCCUUUAAAUGUUAGUUAAAAGUAAUAUUUAUAUGUUAAUAAGUAUUCUAUAAGAUUGUUAGUAUUUACUAAAUUGUUAUUUAUUUUCUAUGUUAACAAUUUAAUUUAUUAUUAAUAUUUUAAUAUACAUACCUCUUAGUUUCCUAAACUUAUAACUUAAAUAAAAUAAAAUAAAUACAUCAAUAAAUAA